AUGAUUGCGCGUGGCCACGUGCAAGAAAUUUAUUCUUCCGUGGAAAAGCUUAUGAACCAAUAUCGUCUCGAAAAGAAGUAUUCGACAUCAUUCAUAAACCUUUACCGUACGUUGUCUGAAGUGAUUCACAAUUCUAGUCUUCCGUACGAAGAUGAUAAAUUGCCAAUUCCAGAUCUUAGUGAAGGUCAAUUCAGCCGAUCUGAUGCCUUAGCUCUUGCUUCAUUCUAUAAAAUUGCAUUACCAAAUAUUGAAUAUGAAUUCGUUACAAAUAUCGUCCAUUUCUCUUCUGAUUCAGCAAAUUUAUUUAAUCGUAUAAAUUUAAACAAUAGUAUGAACAUAUGUCAUACCACAAUGAACGCAACGAAUGAACAAUCACUCAAACGAAAAUUGUCUGAUGGUAAUCAAGAAAAUGAAAUUCAAUGA